GCUGGUACGCGACGGUCGACUUUAUUCCGAUAAACAACUUGAAUAGUAACAUAACAUUCUAAUUUUGUAACCAAAAACAAAAGAAACAAAAGCAAGAGAAGAAAAAUAGAAUUAUACAGUGAAAUAAUCUCAAGAGAGAGAGAGAGAGAGAGAAAGAAAUAGAAAAAAGCUAAAGCAGCCAACGAAACACAUCAGCAUUUAAACGAAACACAAGUUUUCUAAUGAAUUUUUGUUGUUUUAGACAAAAUCCUUAGAAAAUUUAACGAAAAAGAAAAAAAUAACGACGAAAUCCAACGACACUUAUUAAUGGAAAUUUAAAGAAGAAAAAAAGAAAGAAAAAUUUACGACAAUACUUAAAGCUUAUAUCACAAAAGGAAUAGAAUAAAGUCAAUUGCAAAAGUAUUAACAAAAGUGAUAAAAACAUAGUGAACAAAUAAACCUUUAAAGUAUCCCCCCCAAACAAAAAUCCUACCUUGAGUUUGUGCCCAACAGUGAAAAAUUAGAGAAAACUGACAAAAUGGUCUCAAAAAACGCCAAAAAGAAACAGCAUGGUUCCUCAUCAUCCUCAACAGCGGCUAACACAACAACUCCUUCCUCCUCCACGAAGGCUGUGAAAGAAUUACACAAGAAUAACCUGCAAGCAUCAUCGGCUGGUGAUUUCUAUCAAGUGGGCGCUGGCACUUCCAAAGUCUACAAGGCCUCUUCAUCCACAAAAAAAUCUUCGGCCAUUAGCAGUGAGACCAGUGUAACCGAAAUUCAAACCAACAAUGAGGCCUCGAAAGUAUCCUCCUCCUCAUCUUAUCAUCAGGAGAUGUCCGAUGAGUUUUCCUCCAGUGGGAAGAUCAUAGCCUCCAUUGAUCUCCUCAGUGAGAGUGCCACACAAGAGCCGGUGUUUUCGGUACCCAUCGAUGUGGUGGAGAUUAGCAAUAGUGCUAGCGCGGGAAGUGUUAAGAAAAUGUAUUCCACCUCCUCCUCGUCUGUCAUGCAGUCAUCCUCUUCAAAGUCCCAACAAAUGUCCUCCAUAACAUCCUCCUCUGGCAUGUUGGGCAUUGAUGGUGGAGGUGUGGGGGGUGGCUAUAUUGUCGAUGUGGAAUUUCAGCCUGAAACUGUGAUCAUCAAAGACGAAUCUAAGGCUACCCAACAGGCGUAUCAAUCGACUGCCAAAACCAUAAACGGUGCUACCGAAAUGACAUCAUCGUCGAUGUUGUCAAGCCAGUUUAAGGCCAACGAGUCGGUUAAUGGCACUACCAUAAACGAACAAAAUCUAUCCAACACCGAGUACUCCACAUAUUCCACGCCAAAUUAUGGCAAAAUGACGUUAGGCUCCCCUGGGGCGGGUGGCAUGGAGCAAUUGCUGCAGGCACCUAACACUCCAAAUACACCGCAACCAUAUCAGGUCACCAUGCCGGUAACACCCACAACCUCAGGUUCGAAAAUACCAGCACAACAGGGUAAUCAGCAGCCAACAUCCUCGAGAAUCAUACAAACCAAGUCUUCCAAAGAUGAUUUUACUGCCAAUACCAUGCAAGACAAUAAGACCACCACCACUACCACCACCACAAACCUGCUAACCAGUAUUGAGAAUACUAACAACAACAAGAACUUGAAAAACUCAAUAACAUCAUCAUCAUCAUCAUCAUUUCCACCCAACACACGCACCACGGAUUAUAUGUUGCAAGAUAACAACAUCAACAACACUACAACGUCGUCGUUGAUCAACAACUCCAGCACCAGCAGCAACAAAAAAUCCUCCACCUCGAAACAAAUUACCGAAAAAGAGUCCACCACCCAAGAGAGUCUCACGAAAAAGAGUAAAACUGUUAAUAAAAAAGAGAUUUUCGAUGUGAAAACCAAAACCUGGACUGAAUACAGUGACGAUAUUGGCCCCUCCAGCAUCAACAAGAAGCAGCCCAGCUAUGAGCGUUUCGUCAGCCACGGCCGAGAUGGCACUUGCAAAGUCACCUACAAGAAAAAGAUCUACGAUCAACGCAACAACAGGUGGCGUGUGGUCGAAGAGAAAUGCGUCGACAAUGCUCAUGACAAUGUCUUUCCCGAAAUAGCCGAUGAUGUCAUCAAUACGACACGAACCACAUACACAACCAAGAUUUAUGAUUCUAAGCUGGGCCAGUGGAAAGUCGUCGACGAGCAAUCGUAUGUGGAUGCCAAAGCUUAUGUGCCCCAAGAUAUUGUUCGUGAGAUUGAGAAAGAUAAUACCGAUGUGGCCAAUAUAACAACAACGACGGAAAUCACUAAGAUUUACGAUGCAAGCAUUAAUGACUGGCGUGUUCUGGAUGAAAAAACGCGUACUGAUGUCAUUGAAAAGAUUGUCGAGACACCGAAGAAGACCGUCUACAUAGAUGAAUUUGUGGAGAUCGAAAAGAAUUCCAAGAUAUUGGAGGAAAAUGAGAAUUUGGAAUAUAAUUUGAAUAAGACCUCCAAGCGCAAAGAUAUCACAGAGAACAUCUAUGAUGAGACCGAUGAAAGGCUAAAGACUGUCAAUAAAAAUAAGAAAACAAUCGAUUCACGAAAAGAUGGAGUCGACAAGUGGAAAAGCAGCACCCACACGGAAAUGUGUAUAUGCGAGAUCUGUACUUGUGGACGUCAUCAUUGCACAACCAGUGAAACUACUAAAACCAUUAAAACCGACUCUCUUAUUGAGUCUACCGAUAUGGUUGAUAAUGUUGAAACCAGAAUACGCACAAAUACCUGGUCCAAGGAUGACUAUGAAAACAAUGAAUCUCUAACCACAAUCAGAAAAGGUCCCAAGGACUCUCCCAAACCACUGCCAGAUGGGCCCGAUCGUUAUACGAAGGACACGACUAAGGAUACCACUAUUCUUGAGAAUGAAGAAUAUGAAUAUAUCAUCAGAACCAAGCCAGCCAGACCACAGGACAAUCUAAAGCCAGAAGGUGAAUUCUACAAGCCGGAAAAGGAACAAUAUCGUCCCUCGGAAAGACCAGUGCCGGUUAAGCCCGAAGAUAAUUUGCGGCCGGAAGGAGAAUUCUAUACACCCGAUAAACCGGGUUAUAGACCAGCCGAGAGGCCACAGCAAAAGAGACCCGAAGAUAAUCUGAGGCCUGAGGGUGAGUUUUAUGCUCCCGACAAGCCUGGUUUUAGACCAGCUGAAAAAACUCAGCGCAUCAUACACAAAGAUAAUCUUCGUACCGAAGGUGAAAUGACAUUUGUGGAAAAGGAGGAGUACAAAUAUGUUUCUCGCCCAGAGGCUGUUUUUAGGCCCGACAAUUUGAAGCCGGAGGGAGAGUUUUAUACGCCAGAAAAACCCGGCUAUCGGCCUGCCGAACGGCCUCAGCAAAAGAAGCCUGAGGAUAAUCUAAAGCCUGAGGGCGAUUUCUAUACUCCUGAUAAACCCAAAUACAGGCCGGGAGAAAGGCCCUCUCAAGUGCGCCCGGAAGAUAAUCUACGUCCCGAAGGUGACUUCUAUACUCCCGACAAACCCGGUUUCAAACCUGCUGAAAGGCCACAACAGAAGAAGCCAGAGGACAACCUAAAGCCUGAAGGUGAUUUCUAUGCUCCUGAGAAGCAGCAAUACAAGCCCGGUGAAAGACCCACUCAGGUUCGUCAUGAGGACAACCUGCGUCCGGAGGGUGAAUUUUACACUCCAGACAAACCUGGAUUCAGACCGGCCGAAAGACCCCAGCAGAAACGCCCAGAAGAUAAUCUAAAGCCUGAAGGUGAUUUCUAUACUCCUGACAAACCCAAAUACAAGCCUGGCGAAAGGCCCACACAGGUGCGUCCCGAAGAUAAUCUUCGCCCAGAAGGUGAGUUCUAUUCUCCCGAGAAACCAGGCUAUCGUCCUGCCGAAAGGCCAGAACAAAAGAGGCCUGAGGAUAACCUAAGACCCGAAGGCGACUUUUAUGCUCCAGAGAAGCCUAAAUAUAAGCCAGGCGAGAGGCCCACUCAAGUACGCCAUGAAGACAAUCUUCGUCCAGAAGGUGAAUUUUACACUCCCGACAAGCCUGGUUACCGCCCUGCAGAGAGACCAGAACAAAAACGUCCCGAAGACAACCUUAAACCGGAAGGAGAUUUCUAUGCUCCUGAAAAGCCAAAAUAUAAGCCAGGUGAGAGACCUUCUCAGGUUCGGCCCGAGGAUAAUCUUCGUCCUGAAGGUGAAUUCUAUAAACCCGACAAGCCAGGUUAUCGCCCAGCUGAGAGGCCGGAACAGAAGAGGCCUGAAGACAAUCUCAAACCUGAGGGUGACUUCUAUGCUCCCGACAAGCCAAAAUAUAAACCGGGCGAAAGGCCCACUCAAGUGCGCCAUGAAGAUAAUCUUCGGCCCGAAGGCGAAUUUUACACUCCAGAGAAGCCAGGAUAUCGUCCUGCAGAAAGGCCAGAGCAAAAAAGACCAGAGGACAACCUCAGACCCGAGGGUGACUUCUAUGCUCCCGAAAAGCCAAAAUAUAAGCCUGGUGAAAGACCUUCUCAGGUUCGACCGGAGGAUAACCUUCGCCCCGAAGGCGAUUUCUAUACACCCGAAAAACCAGGUUACCGUCCAGCAGAACGCCCUCAGCCUAAACGACCUGAAGAUAAUUUACGCCCAGAAGGUGACUUUUAUGCACCUGACAAGCCAGACUACCGGCCUGCCGAAAGACCAGUUCAGAAGAGGCCACAGGACAAUCUCAAACCUGAAGGAGACUUCACAAAACCAGAAAAGCCCCAAUAUCGUCCAGCUGAGAGAACCGAAAAGAUUAUCCAACGGGAUAAUCUUCGAACUGAAGGUGAAAUGACAUUUACUGAGAAGGAAGAAUACCAGUAUGUGAUAAGACCAAAUCAGGUUCGCCCGGAAGAUAAUUUGAGACCCGAAGGUGAUUUCUAUACUCCAGAAAAGCCGGGUUAUCGACCAGCAGAAAGACCAGUACAGAAGAAACCGGAGGAUAAUCUCAAGCCUGAGGGCGAUUUCUAUACACCCGAGAAGCAGAAGUACCGUCCCGGUGAAAGGCCAAGUCAGGUGCGACCAGAAGAUAACCUUAGACCUGAAGGCGAUUUCUAUACUCCUGAGAAGCAGAAAUAUCGUCCUGGCGAAAGACCAAGUCAGGUGCGGCCAGAAGAUAACCUUAGACCUGAAGGCGAUUUCUAUACUCCCGAGAAACAGAAAUAUCGUCCCGGCGAAAGACCAAGUCAGGUGCGACCAGAAGACAACCUUAGACCUGAAGGCGAUUUCUAUACUCCAGAAAAGCCCGGUUUUCGUCCUGCUGAGAGACCGGUACAGAAAAAGCCUGAGGACAACCUCAAACCCGAAGGUGAUUUCUAUACACCCGAGAAGGAGAAAUACCGUCCCGGCGAAAGACCAAGUCAGGUACGGCCAGAGGAUAACCUUAGACCAGAAGGCGAUUUCUAUACUCCCGAGAAGCAGAAAUAUCGUCCUGGCGAAAGACCAAGUCAGGUACGACCAGAGGAUAAUCUUAGACCAGAAGGCGAUUUCUAUACUCCCGAGAAGCAAAAAUAUCGUCCCGGCGAAAGACCAAGUCAGGUGCGACCAGAAGACAACCUUAGACCUGAAGGCGAUUUCUAUACUCCAGAAAAACCAGGUUAUCGUCCAGCUGAGAGGCCAGUGCAGAAAAAACCGGAAGAUAAUCUCAAGCCAGAGGGCGAUUUCUAUACUCCCGAAAAGCAGAAAUAUCGUCCCGGCGAACGACCAAGUCAGGUACGGCCAGAGGAUAACCUUAGACCUGAAGGCGAUUUCUACACUCCCGAAAAACCAGGCUAUCGUCCUGCUGAGAGACCAGUACAGAAAAAGCCUGAAGAUAACCUCAAACCCGAAGGUGAUUUCUAUACUCCCGAGAAGCAAAAAUACCGUCCCGGGGAAAGACCAAGUCAGGUGCGACCAGAGGAUAACCUUAGACCAGAAGGCGAUUUCUAUACUCCCGAAAAACCAGGAUACAGACCUGCCGAGAGACCAGAACAAAAGAAGCCGCAGGAUAACCUUAGACCCGAGGGAGAAUUCACCGUUCCCGAUAAGCCAUCGUACAAACCUGCCGAAAAAACCGAACGCAUUAUACGAAAAGACAAUCUGCGCACUGAAGGUGAGAUGACGUUCGUUGAAAGGGAGGAAUAUCAGUAUGUUAAGCGACCAGACCAAGUUCGGCCAGAAGAUAAUUUGAAGCCGGAAGGUGAUUUCUAUACCCCCGAAAAACCAGGAUACAGACCUGCUGAAAGACCAGUACAGAAAAAACCAGAGGAUAACUUGAAACCUGAGGGCGACUUCUAUACACCAGAGAAACCCGGUUUCAGACCAGCCGAAAGAGCGGUGCAAAAGAAACCAGAAGAUAAUCUCAAGCCCGAGGGAGACUUCUAUACACCCGAAAAACCGGGCUAUAGACCGGCUGAAAGACCAGAGCAAAAGAAACCGGAAGACAAUCUUAAACCAGAAGGUGAGUUUUACACUCCUGAGAAGCCCAAAUUUAUGCCUGGCGAAAGACCGUCUCAAGUUCGUCCAGAAGAUAAUCUACGUCCCGAAGGGGAGUUCACUGUUCCAGAUAAACCACAGUACAGACCAGCCGAAAAAACUGAACGAAUUAUCCGAAAAGACAAUCUUCGCACUGAGGGUGAAAUGACAUUCGUUGAACGCGAAGAGUAUCAAUAUGUCAAACGGCCAGAUCAAGUUCGUCCUGAAGACAAUUUGAAGCCUGAAGGCGACUUUUAUACCCCUGAGAAGCAGGGCUAUAGACCAGCUGAAAGACCUGAGCAAAAGAGGCCAGAAGACAACCUUAAACCAGAAGGACAAUUCUAUACCCCGGAAAAGCCGAAAUUCAUGCCCGGUGAGAGACCAUCACAAGUCCGACCUGAAGACAAUCUCAAGCCUGAAGGCGACUUCUAUACGCCCGAAAAGCCUGGUUAUAGGCCUGCUGAAAGACCUGAACAGAAGAAACCGGAAGAUAAUCUCAGACCUGAAGGCGAAUUCUAUACUCCCGAGAAGCCUAAAUUCAUGCCAGGCGAAAGACCAUCUCAAGUUCGCCCAGAGGAUAAUCUCAGACCUGAAGGUGAAUUCACCGUUCCCGAUAAGCCACAAUACAGACCAGCUGAGAGACCUGAACAAAAGAAGCCAGAGGAUAACCUUAAGCCAGAGGGUCAGUUCUAUACACCCGAAAAACCAAAAUUCAUGCCUGGUGAGAGACCGUCUCAAGUACGGCCCGAAGACAAUCUUAAACCUGAGGGAGAUUUCACUGUUCCAGAUAAGCCACAGUAUAGGCCAGCUGAGAGACCCGAACAAAAGAAGCCAGAGGAUAAUCUCAAACCAGAGGGAGAAUUUUAUGCCCCUGAAAAGCCGAAAUUCAUGCCUGGUGAAAGACCUUCGCUGGUUCGACCGGAAGAUAAUCUAAGGCCAGAAGGCGAAUUUACCGUUCCCGACAAACCACAAUAUAGACCUGCGGAAAAAAUUGAACGCAUAAUCCGUAAAGACAACCUGCGCACAGAAGGUGAAAUGACAUUCGUGGAGAGAGAAGAAUACCAAUAUGUUAAGAGACCGGAACAAGUUCGGCCCGAGGAUAACCUCAAACCAGAAGGCGACUUCUAUACGCCUGAGAAGCAACGCUACAGGCCAGCUGAACGACCUGAACAAAAGAAACCAGAAGACAAUCUUAGGCCUGAGGGAGAAUUCUAUACACCUGAGAAGCCGAAAUUCAUGCCUGGUGAGCGGCCAUCACAAGUUCGACCUGAAGAUAAUCUUAAACCUGAAGGUGAUUUCUACACUCCCGAGAAGCCUGGAUUCCGCCCGGCCGAGAGACCAUUACAGAAGAAACCCGAGGACAAUCUUAAACCUGAGGGUGACUUCUAUACACCUGAAAAACCAGGAUAUAGACCAGCUGAAAGACCAGAGCAAAAGAAGCCAGAGGAUAAUCUCAGACCAGAGGGCGAAUUUUAUGCCCCAGAAAAACCGAAAUUCAUGCCUGGUGAAAGACCUUCGCAAGUUCGUCCAGAAGAUAAUCUCAGACCUGAAGGUGAAUUUACUGUUCCAGAUAAGCCCCAAUACAGACCAGCCGAAAAAACUGAAAGAAUAAUCCGAAAGGAUAAUCUUCGCACAGAAGGGGAGAUGACAUUUGUGGAAAGAGAAGAAUACCAAUAUGUUAAGAGACCAGAACAAGUUCGACCCGAGGAUAACCUCAAACCAGAAGGCGACUUCUAUACACCUGAGAAGCAAGGCUACAGGCCAGCCGAGAGACCAGAGCAAAAGAAACCAGAGGACAAUCUUAAGCCAGAGGGUCAGUUUUAUACACCGGAAAAACCGAAAUUCAUGCCUGGUGAGAGACCAUCACAGGUGCGACCUGAGGACAAUCUAAAACCUGAAGGCGAUUUCUAUACUCCAGAGAAACCAGGCUACAGGCCAGCUGAACGACCUGAGCAAAAGAAACCAGAAGACAAUCUUAGACCCGAAGGUGAGUUCUAUGCUCCUGAAAAACCAAAGUUUAUGCCGGGUGAAAGACCUUCGCAAGUCCGUCCUGAGGACAAUCUCAGACCUGAGGGAGAUUUCACUGUUCCGGAUAAGCCACAGUAUAGACCAGCCGAAAGACCAGUGCAAAAGAAACCAGAGGAUAACCUUAGACCUGAAGGUGACUUCUAUACACCGGAAAAGGCCAAGUUUAUGCCAGGCGAAAGACCUUCCCAAGUUCGCCCAGAAGAUAAUCUGAGACCAGAAGGCGAAUUCUAUGCACCUGAGAAACCAGGCUUCAAACCUGCAGAGAGGCCGGUGCCAAAGAAACCAGAAGACAAUCUCAAGCCGGAAGGUGAUUUCUAUGCACCCGAGAAACCUGGCUACAGACCAGCCGAAAAGACCGAGAUUAUCAUACGAAAGGAUAAUCUACGCACAGAAGGUGAAAUGACAUUCACUGAAAAGGAAGAGUAUCAAUAUGUCAAGAGACCAGAGCCCGUUAAGCGUUUGGAUAACCUGAAGCCCGAAGGCGAAUUUUACACUCCCGAAAAGCAAAAGUUCUUGCCUGGCGAAAGACCUUCCCAAGUCAAACCAGAGGAUAAUCUAAAACCUGAAGGUGAAUUCUACACACCUGAGAAACCAGGAUACAGGCCUGCUGAAAGGCCCGUGCAAAAGAAGCCGGAAGACAACCUUAAACCUGAAGGUGACUUCUACACACCGGAAAAGACAAAGUUCAUGCCGGGUGAAAGACCUAGCCAAGUUCGCCCCGAAGAUAAUCUGAAGCCAGAGGGUGAUUUCUACACUCCUGAGAAGCCUGGUUAUAAACCUGCCGAAAGACCAGUUCAGAAGAAGCCUGAAGAUAAUUUGAGACCAGAAGGUGAAUUCACGGUACCCGAUAAACCAACUUAUAAACCUGCUGAAAGAACAGAACGCAUUAUACGAAAGGAUAACCUACGCACUGAGGGAGAAAUGACAUUUGUCGAAAAAGAGGAAUACCAGUAUGUUAAAAGACCAGACCAAGUUCGUCCCGAGGAUAAUCUCAAACCUGAAGGCGACUUUUACAAACCGGAAAAGCCUGGCUAUCGCCCCGCUGAAAGGCCAGUGCCAAAGAAACCAGAGGACAAUCUCAAGCCAGAGGGCGAUUUCUAUGCUCCCGAAAAGGUUAAAUUUAUGCCUGGUCAACGACCGCAACAAGUUCGUCCUGAGGAUAACUUGAAGCCGGAAGGAGACUUCUAUACACCCGAAAAGCCUGGAUUCAGGCCUGCUGAAAGACCUGUUCAAAAGAAGCCUGAAGAUAAUCUUAAACCGGAAGGUGAUUUCUAUGCCCCUGAGAAGCCUGGAUACAAACCAGCAGAAAGACCACAACAAAAGAAGCCCGAAGACAACCUCAGGCCUGAGGGAGAAUUUACAGUUCCCGAUAAGCCAACUUUCAGACCAGCCGAAAAGACAGAGAGAAUAAUAAGAAAGGACAAUCUGCGCACCGAAGGAGAGAUGACUUUCACCGAGAAGGAGGAGUAUCAGUACGUCAAACGCCCAGAACCUGUUAAGCGCUUGGAUAACCUCAAACCCGAAGGUGAGUUCUAUGCACCCGAGAAACCCAAGUUCUUGCCUGGUGAAAGACCAUCGCAAGUACGACCAGAAGACAAUCUGAAGCCGGAAGGUGAAUUCUAUAGUCCCGAGAAACCAGGCUUUAGGCCAGCUGAAAGACCUGUGCCCAAGAAACCCCAAGACAACCUUAAAACCGAAGGCGAUUUCUAUACACCCGAAAAGCCAGGGUAUAAACCGGCUGAGAGGCCAGUCCAAAAGAAACCGGAAGACAACCUCAAGCCUGAAGGUGAGUUCUAUACACCCGACAAGCCGGGCUAUAAACCUGCGGAGAGAACGCAGAAGGUUGUAAGAAAGGAUAAUCUGCGCACGGAGGGUGAAAUGACCUUUGUCGAAAAGGAGGAAUACACGUAUGUGAAGCGGCCUGAACCUGUGAAACAAACCGACAACUUGAAACCUGAGGGUGAAUUUUAUGCACCAGAGAAGCCCAAGUUUACUCCUGGUGAACGACCCUCGCAAGUGCGACCUGAGGACAAUUUGAAACCUGAGGGUGACUUCUACUCGCCGGACAAGCCUGGAUACAAACCUGCUGAAAAGGUGGUGCCUAAGAAACCCAAGGACAAUCUUAAAACCGAGGGUGAUUUUGUACGUCCUGAGAAGUCUCCGUUUAAGCCCGCCGAGAAGACGGAACGCAUUGUGCGCAAGGAUAACUUGCGAACCGAGGGCGAAAUGACCUUCACGGAGAAGGAAGAAUACAGAUAUGUAAAGAGACCAGAACAAGUGCGUCCAGAAGACAAUCUCAAGCCGGAAGGUGAAUUCUAUACUCCGGAGAAGCCAGGUUUUAAGCCUGCUGAAAAACCAGUCCAAAAGAAACCGAAGGAUAAUCUUAAGACCGAGGGCGAUUUUACAGUGCCAGAGAAACCAGGUUACAAACCAGCCGAAAGACCAGUUCAAAAGAAACCAGAGGACAAUCUAAGACCUGAAGGUGAUUUCUAUGCUCCGGAGAAACCCGGCUUUAAACCAGCUGAAAAAACUCAAAAGGUGGUGAGAAAGGACAAUCUACGCACCGAGGGCGAAAUGACCUUCACGGAGAAGGAGGAAUACAAAUAUGUUAAACGCCCAGAACCGGUUAGGCAACAGGAUAACCUUAAACCCGAAGGAGAUUUCUACACGCCUGAAAAGGAGGGCUUCAAGCCAGCCGAAAGACCUGUCCAAAAGAAACCCCAAGACAAUUUGAAACCAGAAGGUGACUUCACCGUUCCCGAUAAGCCAGGCUACAAGCCAGGUGAGAGAACCACGCGAGUGAUCAGAAAGGAUAAUUUGCGUACCGAAGGUGAAAUGACCUUUGUGGAGAAGACGAAAUUCAUGCCUGGCGAACGUCCUAAGCAAGUGCGCCAUGAGGAUAACCUCAAACCAGAGGGUGAGUUCUAUGCUCCUGAAAAGCCGGGCUUUAAGCCAGCCGAGAGACCUGUGGCAAAGAAACCCUCCGAUAAUCUCAAAACCGAAGGAGACUUCUACACUCCAGAAAAGCAAGGCUUUAAACCUGGAGAAAGACCAGUGGCCAAGAAGCCGGUGGAUAAUUUGAAACCCGAAGGUGAAUUUACCACUCCUGAAAAGCCUUCCUAUAAGCCAGCCGAUCGUGUACAGCGUGUGGUGCGCAAGGACAAUUUGCGAACCGAAGGCGAAAUGACCUUCGAACAAAAGGACACCUAUCAGUAUGUGAAGAGACCCACACCCAUUAAGCCAAGCGAUAAUCUCAAACCAGAGGGUGAGUUCUACAAGAAGGACAAGGAGGCAGGACCCAAAGAUGUGGUGGACAGGGCCACACCUAAGCGCCCAGUGGACAAUCUGAAAAUGGAGGGUACCAUGGAGAUUACCCGCAAGAAUCAGACUAAGACAGAUCAGACCACAAGCGUGCGUGAAACAAGAAAGAAGGUGGUACACAACAGCUCUUCCAUUACCUUGGGCACUGACACCUCCAUACUGAAGACAACCAAUCAAAUGAGUUUUGCCUCGGGCAAGAAUGCGGUGGCAGUAACCGAUUUGAAUACCCAGAAACCUGCCGACGGCAUGGUCAUAGUCUCAACCAAGAAGGUGACCACUGUCAUUGGAAGCAAGACAAAGAAGGAACCAGAAACUCAGUAUGUAAGACGCCAGGGCAAGGUCAAUGUCAUAGAGAAUGUGGAAAAGUCUACCAAGGUUAAGAAUGUCAAGAAUGUGGAGAAUAUCUUUAAUGAGGAUGUGUCCGUGACUCAAAACCGCAUAACAGGAGCCAAGAAGAGUAUAACACACCAUGAUACCAAUGAGAUUGACAGCACGAAUGUUGUUAACCGCAAUGUCAUACGUCAUGAUAACACCGACAUUACCAACAAGAGUUUAACACAGCAUGACAUCAACAACACCUCAUCGAAUGUUAUUAACAGAAAUGUGGUGAAUCAGCAAGACACCACCAACAAUGUUAUCAACAAAAAGGUGGUUCAUCACCAUGAUACCAAUAGCAAUGUGGUUCAUCGCCAUGAUACCACCAGCAAUGUUAUCAACAAAAAUGUUACACACCAUGAUACCAAUAAUGUGGUGAAUCGCACGACACAUGGCCAACAAAAUGACACCACCAAGCAAACCAAUAGCAGCCACAUUUUCAAUGGCGGUAGCAAUGGUGUGGUCUUGCGAGGUGGCCGCAUUGUCACCACCUCCACAAUUACCCAACACAAUGACCAUGAGUCCACAUGUUUGGCCAGUAAGAUGACAACCACCUCCAGCCAUAAGACCCACACUGAAGGUUCCACCAGCACUACCACCACACGAAAGACCAUUAAUCAAAGAAAUGGUAGUGGCUCAGAUAUGAAGAGCCUCAUAAGUGGGGGUGGUGACACCUCCUACACUGUUGGCACUACAGGAUCCAAAGGAACACGCACUACAGCCGAAAAUGGACACGUAGUCAACUCCAAGUCGUCUAAUGUCAGCUCCAACAUAGCAGAAGUGAACAAUGCCAGCUCAUCUGCCAACAUGUCCAGCAGCAGCAGCAAACAAUUCCAUCACCGCAAAACUGAAUUCUCCUCCGAGUCCAAUGUGGCCAAUACCAUAUUGCAACGCAAGAACACACCCGCAGAAUCCAAUCAGUUGGGCAGUCUCACCUCGAAUGCCAAGAUCCAUCGCAAGAGCAUAAUGAAUCUGAACGAACAGCCCUCGAGUAAUUGGUUCCCCACCGAGCGACAGAGCUACAGCAGCAUGCAUCGCCAAAAGGAAACCUCCGAGGGAGGCACAUGUGCCCUCCACAAUGCCAGCGAACGUCGCAGCUAUUCCACCAUACAUCGUGAGACCAAGGAGCUGCAACAGGCCAACAAGACAUCCUCCACCUCCUCUUCCGCCCUACAACACCACCACCAUCAUCAUCACAGUUCUGGCGGCGGCGGCAUUGAUUUCCCCUCCUACAGUCGCAGCGAACGUGUGGUGACUCGCCAGCGUGGCAACCAAUCCUCCAUAUCUCUGGGCGGUGAUACCACCUCCUCCACCACCUCUAGCAACUACAAAAUGGAAUACAAAACAAUUCCGGUCACAACCUGUGCUGUGCAUAAGAUAACACAAGGUGCAUUCCAACACACUAGGGAUACUCAUGAUCAUAAAUUUUUCAAAACUACCAAGUAAAUUAAAAUAAGCGAAACGUAUACAACUAACACUGCUCUCCCCCCUCCCCCACCCUACCCUACGACCCCCCUAGAAGUAGUACAUAUGUAACAUAUAACCUAAAUAUAUAUACAUAAAUGCAUCCACAGCAUAUUCUGUAAGGAUCUGUAUAUCCUUGUGCGUAUAUAUAAAUAAACUUUGUAUUAAUUAAUCGGAUCGGAUUAAGUUUUGAUUUUGUAACUCUAUGUUUGUUUUUUUUUUUUUAAUUUUGUUUUUGUAUUCAUUUUAUUGUAAUGAAAUAUGAGCCAUUCCAUUUGUUUUGAAAUGUGACUUAAGUCACUCUUCCCAUUAACGGUUCAUAUGUGUGCAUUGACACAUUUAAACGGUCUGUGUGAGACUUUUAACAAUCAAGCAAUCAACUAUUAAUCAAUUAAAUUGAAUAACCAAGCAAUUGUUAUAAAGAUUUUUCAAUGUUUUAUUUUGUUUACGUUACCCCACACACACACACACAGACACAAACACAUAUCUUUGUUAACAUAUAAAUAAUUUUUUUUUUAUUAUUAUUAUCAACACUAUUACCUACUAAUUGACCAAUCAAAACCUAAUAUUACCACUGUGUAUCUAAAAAAAACUAUAUUUUUAUACAUCAAAAAAUAAAGUAAAGACAAAAAACUCCA